UACAAGCACAGAGGCCAACGCAUUAAAGCGUUCUCUCUCUCUCUCUCUCUCUCUCUCUCUCUAGAGCUACCCAGAUUUCUUAUCUUCGCAAAGGUUGGAUCUUUCGUCGAAGAUUUUUCUGCAUCGCGAAGCUAUCCGGCUAUGGCGUCUGGAUCGUCUGGUCGCGGUAACUCAGCCUCCAAAGGGUUUGAUUUUGCGUCCGAUGACAUCCUCUGCUCAUACGAGGACUAUGGUACCCAGGAUUCUUCUAAUGGUAAUCACAGCGAUCCGGUCAUCAGCACCAAUUCUAACAAGCCGGAUUUUCACAAAACAAGGAUGACAAGGACAUCAAUGUUCCCUGCAACUGCCUAUAGCCCACCAGAAGAUUCGUUGAGUCAAGAUGUGAUUGCUAUGGUAGAGAAGAGCAUGAAAAAAUAUGCUGACAAUCUCAUGCGGUUUCUUGAGGGAAUUAGUUCAAGGCUAUCACAGUUGGAGCUAUAUUGUUACAAUCUUGACAAAUCAAUUGGAGAAAUGCGAUCUGAUUUAAAUCGAAGCAACGUAGAGGCGGAGGCAAAACUUAAAUCUCUUGACAAACACCUUCAAGAAGUCCACAGGUCUGUACAAAUUUUAAGAGACAAGCAAGAGCUGGCUGACACUCAGAAAGAACUAGCCAAGCUUCAACUUGUUCAGAAAGAAUCAUCUUCCUCAAGCCAUACGCAGUCCAAUGAGGAGAGAUCUUCCCCUUCUGCCAGAGAUCCCAAGAAAACUGAUAAUGCAUCUGAUACUCACAAUCAACAGUUAGCUCUUGCCCUGCCCCAUCAAGUGGCUCCACAGCAGCAGCCUAUGGCACCCCCCUCUCAAGCUCCAGCCCCAAAUGUGACCCAAGCUGCACAACAGCCUCCAUAUUACAUGGCCCCCACCCAGGUACCCAAUCCACAAGCUGUGUCUCAGCUUCCCCAGAACCAGUAUUUGUCUUCUGAUCCACCGUAUCGAUCACCCCAACUACCUUCUCAAGUAACUCAGACACAGCCUGUUCAACAGUAUCCUCCUCAGUAUCAGCAACCACCACCGCCAGCACCGCAGCAGCAGCAGCAGCAAUGGUCUCAGCAGUUACCUCAGCAGGUACAGCCUCCGCAACCGCCAUCCAUGCAACCACAGAUGAGGCCACCCUCUUCAGUUUAUCCUUCUUAUGCUCCGAGUCAAGCUACGAAUCAAUCUCCCCCUGAAACACUGCCCAACAGCAUGCCAAUGCAAAUGCCCUAUUCAGGGAUUCCACCACCAGGAUCUAGCCGCGCUGAUACCAUGUCCUAUGGAUAUGGUGGUGGUAGAACUGUCCCACAGCAACCGCCAUCCCAACAAAUGAAGGGCUCAUUUCCAGCACCACCAGGCGAUGCAUAUGGAACCACCGGGACUCACCCUGCACUCCCUCCUGCUGCUGGAUAUAUGAUGUAUGAUGGUGAGGGAGGAAGAAGACAUCCAUCCCAACCUCAUCAUUUUGCUCAAUCUGGGUAUCCUCCAUCCAGCGCUUCCCUUCAGAACCCCACUGGUCACAAUCUCAUGGUCCGGAGUCCUAGUCCAUCACAAUUCGUUCGCAACCAUCCCUACAACGAACUGGUAGAGAAAAUGGUGAGCAUGGGUUUUAGAGGUGACCAUGUGGCAAGUGUGAUUCAGAGGAUGGAGGAGACCGGGCAGCCUAUAGAUUUUAACUCGGUGCUUGACCGUUUGAACUUGCAUGGCUCUGUGGUGCCCCAGAGAGGAUGGUCUGGAUAAAGUUGUGUUUGUAUUCGGGGACGCCCCGCUUGAACAACGCUUAUAUGUUGUCGAGGGUGUUCUGUUCACAUUUCAGAGACUCAAAAACCAUUGCGCUUUUUAUUAUGCAUGGAAUAAAAAUCUGUGUAAUGUCUGUCGUAUGUAAAAUGAUAUGCGGAUUAUAUAUGUCUGUCUGGGGCUUCUGUACUUGUUAUCUUUCACCAACAGUCAAAUAUUUGGCUGUCAUAAGAGGAGGCUUAACUGAGGAGCCAGAUAAGAGUUUGUCAUAUUCGUCUGGUUGCAACUUACAUAAUCAUAGUUAUUUGUUCUUA